CGCCGCGGCCCCUCCCCCGCCCCCGCCCUCCUCUCUCUCAAUGCGGCGCGGCGGAUCGAUUCGGCAUCGGGAUACUCAAUCCAGCGGCGCGCGGAGCUCUAUUUAGUGCUGGCGAACCCAAAUUCGGUGGCCGCAGGGCUCGAUUUUAUACCAACAAGCCUCAAUCCGGCGAUGUAGAGGUCUUUGCGGCAGCACAAGGAUGAUUCGGUGAUGGUUUGGGCAACCGCCGCCUCCAUCCUCAACUCCGGCCACCGCUACAUCCUCAACUCCAGCGGCGUUUGCAGCUCCUGUUCCAUCUCCCAAAUCGGUCUCAAAUCCAGCCCCAAGCAGUGACCUCGCCGAUGCUCAGGUGCUCGAGAUCUGUGCCCUGUUUUGGUAAGGAUCCCAUCCUUACUAUAAUGGCUGUGCCUAUUGAACCAUCACCGUAGUUCGUAGUAUCGAUGUUGCUUUCAAGAAUGGCUUCCUUAAAGUUAAACAAUAUAUGGGAAAAGGUCCUGAAUGUAACACUUAUGAAUGUCCUAUGAUACACUACUCUUUCCAAUAUUUAAAUGUUUCAGGGUAAUAUAAAUUGUUAUUUUCUUUUCUUUGCUGUUUUCCGUUAACCAACAAAAGUAUCCCACGACUUCCAUAAUCAUUUUAUAUACUUAGCAUGUACUUUCCAUGUCAAAGAAACAACUGAAGUGUAUAACCGAGAACCACCUGAAACUUAUUAAUUACUCGUGGUCUUGGUAGCGAUAGCAGUAGCACCACUCUUAUGUUCUCUCUUUGUUGGUAGACUUGACAAUUUGCUUACUUAAAUAUGCAUCUGUAGAAUAUUUUAGGACAUAAUUGUAGUUUUAAUUUCAGAAAUUAAAUGACUAAAGAUGAUCUGAAGGUUAAAAUUUGUUAUCUUCCACAUCUCAAGUAUAUGCUAUGCUGCUUACUGUCCAUAAACAGCAUGGCUGCCAGUUAACGAAUGGUAAAGCUGGAUUUGUAGACAGCUUGUGAUUAGUCAUACACUGUGACGACCUUGUUCAGAGGAUAUGCACCUUCGCGGCAUGCCUGGUUGCAGGACUCACCUUGAUGAUCUUGGUGGAGAAUUGGCCUUGAAGAUUCUGCUAUUUUUAUCAAGUUUGAUGUAACAUUAACUUCUGAUUUGGUCAUGUGAAGUUUGAUGUAACAUUAACUUCUGAUUUGGUCAUGUGAGUAAUGAUGAUUUGAGGAACAGGAACUUUAGGUUGGUUCUGUUCUUUGUCAAGAUAGAACGUUCUUUAUCAGAGUUACUUGUAUCACGGAGCACAUUGUUUAGCUUUUGUUCUACAAGUUUUAGAAAAAUAAUGCUAAUGUAGCUCUUAAUUGCUGUGCAAAAGACAAAUGGUCAAUUGCUAACUCCGAGUUGGUACAUAAAUCAUAUCACCAGAAACUUAGGACUUUGUGUUAAGCCUUAAAUCAUGACAUAUUGUAGACCAUUUAAGAUUUUUAGUCAUUGCAAGAAUAUCUGUAAGCAACAGUUGUUUAUGUUGGACGUGUUGUUCUGGCUGUAAUCUUCACCCUUUGGGUUCGUAAUAUUUGAACCGUUCUUUCUUUACUUUCUCACAACCUUAUUCGUCCAAAUUCCACAUGAUCAUGCUCUCUGCAUUUGGUUCAACUUUGCAGAUUCAUGACAAGCUGCUAACGCUGAUUGCGAUUAUAAGUGAGACCUGUGCCCUGUUUUGACUGGCCAGAAGGCGGCACUGUACACUCCAAAUCUCGUCCGUAGCAAACAGUUACAGUUUGAGCUACACACCUUUCGCACGAAGGAUGGUUUCUGACCUGAUGGUGAAGUUAUGUGACACCGAACUUUGAGCUUGGUUGGCCUGUUGUGCAGCUGCAGCGUUCAGUGCCUGAAGUCAGGGAAGCCUGUAAAUGCUUGGUUCUUUACCCUUUUUCUCUGUGUAUCUUGUUUGAUUAACAAACCAAACUCUGUUUUUAGUAUAAAUGUGUGUCUCACGCUGCUGCAAAACGAUCUGUUUCUGUAACAUACAUUUCGACCUCCUUAAUUGCUGCUUCUAUUUGCACGAACCAUGGUACUGCAAAAUCCUAGACGUUGCUGACCAACGGCAUGUAAAUUUCAUCUCAAAAGAAAACAGAAUAUAAAUUCCUUUUUUAAGAUUUGGAUCCUGAUUUUUAAUGAGAAAGCAAAAUUGAACAAUAUCAAUCGUGUAUUCUUGUUUUGCAGAAUUAACUCUUCACAGGUUCAGAAUUCUGAUUUCUGAAGUAACCUGGGCGUCAUGUUGCAACUUUUUUUUUUUCAUGUUGCAACUUGCAAGUCGUAGUGGGUUCUGGGCUCAAAGCCUCCAAAGACCAACCAGACGCGAGUGUCUAGUUGGACCCACAAGGCAGUCACGCAGCGCCUCCCACCGCUGCAUGGGCAAAGCCAUCUCCCUCCUCCGGCCACCGCGACAGGACGAGGCGGGGAAGAUGGAGCUGAGGAAGCGCCCGAGGCCGCGGCGCGUCGACCCGGACUUCGUCUCGUCCCCGCCGCCCCUGCCGCCGAGGAAGCGGGCGCGGAAGCAGGCAGCGGCGACGAAGCCCAAGGAUGCCGCGGCGCCGCCGAAGCGACAGCCACCGACGAAGAGGGUGAGGCGCCCGGCGGUGGGCAUCGGAUGCCCCGUCGCGGGGCUCCAUCGCGUGAUGUGCGGCCGGCAGCCGCCGCCGUCGCGCUUGUCGACGCGCGUCCUCUUCCGCCCUCGCCGCCCCUUCAUCUGGUACGAGGCGGACUUGUGGACGGAGGUGGCCAAGCACCUGUGCGGCUUCGACCUGCUGCGCCUCUCCUUCACCUGCCGCUGGUUCCACCGCCUCCUCGCCGACGACUCCAUCUGGCGCUACGCUUUCUUCCGCGACCUCGACCUCUCUGAUGCCAACCCGCGCGUACAUCGCCCGUUCUACCGCUCCUGGCGCCGCCUCUACUUUGCCGCCUUCGAUGGCACUCACGCGUACUCACUCUGCCAGAGCGGCGAACACCGCAGUUCGUGGCGGAUCGGGUCAUUCCUGCUGGACUCGCCGCAGAUGCUGCUGAUGGGGAAGCUGCCGGUGCCGAAGUGGCUGCCCCCGGAUCCCGACGACAUGCAGGCCGGCAUCGCGAUGAUGGGCGCCUGCAAGCUCCACAACGCCCGCCCCGGAAUCUGGAUCACCGACAUGCAUGUGAUGCGAUGCCCAAUGUGCAACCGCAACAGCUGCCGAGGGAACAAGCAGAUUCUGGACGCACGACACUCUGAGCUGUUCCUGGAGGAGGCGUACUGGGAUCAGACCUUGCAGUACGAGCACCUUGGCGAGCACUUCCAGGACGAGGAGGUCGCCGACGCCUUCUGCGCCAUCGUCAACGCAAAGCGCCUCACUGCCCCAUCCACUGCAUUUGUCCUCAGCAAGUCCUGGGCCGGAAAGUGCGACGAUAUGCUUACCAAGCAAUGUGCCUCCGCGACCGCUACUGCCAUCCACACCAACCUCCAGCCCAACGGAGGGUUGGCAUCCCAGUUCGAGGCGAUGCGGGACACGGCCCGGGACGGGCAGAUCGUGUCCGUGAGGAUCUCGCAGAUCCUCUUCUGAUUCCUCCCUCGGUUCAUCGUUUCUCGCGGUACACCCCUGAUGCACCGUACAAUGUGUUAUUGCCUAGCUGCUGUGAGUUAUGCUAGAAUAGGCCAGGCCUCUCUGUUAUUGCUACAUUGCUGUCUAGACUGUAGAGAUCAAGUUGAUCAGAUCUUCCUUCCGACCCUCUGCUUAACGUCCCUUCACUGAGGAUUUCCGCAAUUUUUUUUUGGUAUUAACGCCGUGCAGAGUUCAUAAGUUUAGCAUUAUUUGCAUGUACAUACUGGAAUCUGCUACUAGUUUACAUUUUUGUUAUCUGAUGUUAUACUACUAUAUAAGCAAAAUACCCUGCUCUCUGAAUGAUGAAUGGAUUGUAGACUGGUCA